CCCAGUUCUUUUCUGUAUUUUUCUAUUAUUUUUUUUUUUUUGAUCAACAAAAUAGUUGUAAAACCAAGCAAUGUCACAAUCACAGUUGUUUGGAGUACCGUCUAAUUUAAUGUCCUCAAAGAAGACAUUAAGACGUAACUCUUCUCCUAGUAUUGACGAGGCUUAUUUUAGUUCUAGUUCUGGAAGUUUUUCAGAAGCUGUAACUUUUUCACCCAUGCCUUCUCCUACUACUUCAACAACCAGUGCAGCUCGUACUCACCAGCACCGACUUAAUGCUGCUCAGGAGCAAAGAACUUACCGAGACAGUUGCCAGAGACUGAUUUCGCACAUUGCUUCGGUUGCUACUAUUUGUCAAGAUUUGAAGCAUGCCAAUAAGGAGAAAUUCCCAAUUUUUUAUCCCAUGAACACCAACAAUAAGCCCACUAUCAACCGUUCUCAAACAUUGGAUGUGGAUAAUCAUGGAUCAGUCAUUAUGGAUGCUGUACGCAGAUCCUCCGUCACAGCUACUCCUGAUUUUGUGAGACAAUUAGAACAACACCGAUUAUUGUCUCAAGAAUUAAAUAUUCUUGGCUUAGAAAUGAAGAUUGGACAUUCAAGUACUGAUAUUAGUACUUUGGAAUCAAAAUCUAUCGCCAAUUUGCUUUCUGAACGUUUGGACCAAAGUCUCAAGCAUUUAGAAAGAUUACAUGCUCGUGUAGCUGAUACUUCUUCUAAAGUAUUAGUCACUGGUGAUUUAAACUCUGGUAAAUCCACUUUUGUCAAUGCUUUAUUGAAGAGAGAAAUUUUGCCCGCUGAUCAGCAACCUUGUACAAGUGUAUUUUGUGAAGUUUUGGAUGCCAUGUUAAAUGAUGGUCUUGAACAGGUCCAUGCUAUUCCUACCGUUGAAAAAUAUAACCGUCUUGAUCCUAAUACCUAUCAUAUCAUUGAAAUGCGUCACUUGUAUAAAGUCAUCACUGAAGAUUAUGAACAUUAUAAGAUGCUCAAGAUUUAUGCAAAUGAUGCUAGAACCACACAAGAAAGUUUACUUCACAAUGGUGUCGUUGAUAUCGCAUUAAUUGAUUCUCCCGGUUUAAACACAGACUCUGUUAAAACAACCGCUGUCUUUGCCCGUCAAGAAGAAAUCGAUGUUGUUGUUUUUGUUGUGAGUGCUGAGAACCACUUCACUCUCUCCGGAAAAGAAUUCUUAUGGAAUGCAGCAAAUGAAAAGACCCAUAUCUUCAUUGUUGUCAACCGCUUCGAUUCUAUCCGUGAUAAAGAUCGUUGUAAGCGUUUAAUUUUAGAACAAAUUCGUCAACUUUCACCCGCAACCUAUGCCGAUGCCGAUGAUUUAGUUCAUUUUGUUAGUGCCGGUAAUGUCGACCUGGAACCUGGAUCACGCAAAUUAGAUGCACCUGACUUUGCUCGCCUUGAGCAACGUCUUCGUGCUUUUGUAUUGGAGAACCGUACAAAGUCCAAAUUGAUGCCUGCUAAAAACUAUUUGGUCAACUUAUUGACGGAUAUCACCAUCUUGGCCGAAACGAACAGUAAGAAAUCAUCGGAUGAAUAUGCACAAGCCACCAUGGAAUUGGAAAAAGAUCUUCCCGCCUAUCAGCACUUGUUAAAUGUACGUGAUCGUGUCCUUGAUCAAGUUGAAAAGGUUGCUGAAAAGGCCGUCUUAUCAGUUCAAGCUCAUGCUCAAAACAAGUUGAACCAAGCUGUUGAGAAUGUAGGAAACGCCAUUAAUACCAUCGAAUACCCUGGCAUUUUACUCAUCUGGCAAUAUGCCCAAGAUAUUGCCGACUCCAUGGUCCAGAAAUUGCAAAAGGAUGUUCGUCAAGAAGAAACUCAUGCUCGUCAAGAAACUGCUGUUUGUCUUGAACGUCUUCAUAGUAUGGGUACUGAGCAUUUAGGUGCUUAUCCUUUGGCUGCAGAUGCUCAAAAGGUCUGCGUCAAGAAUAGAGACCAUCGUGUCAAUAUUACCGUAGAAGCCACCGAUUUCUUUGACCUUGUUUUGGAUGACAAGUUGUCUGGUCUUGCCUUAUCUGGUGGUGCUGCUGCUAUGGUUGGUGGUCGUAUGCUUGGCUUCAAGGAUGCUGUUACCAGUAUGUGUAGUGUCUCCAACAUCAUGAGCGGCCCUAAUGUUCGCCGUUGGGUCAUCCCCGUGGUUGGUGUUGCCAGUAUUGGUUUCCUUGUUUAUGUUGUAAGUGAUAUGCGUAAUGCUGUCGAACGUAAAUUGGUCAAGAAGUUUAAGACUGAAGCUCGUGAAUCUGAAUAUGUCGAGCGCCAUAGUAUCCGUGUUGCUCGUGAAUCUCGUAAAGUUUUGAGAGUCGAAGGCUGGGAAAUCCAAAAUAGAAUCCAAAAGGCCAUUGAACAAAAGGAACAAAAGCGUAGUGAUACAGAAGCUGUAGCCCUUUCUUCAAAGGAAACCGCUGAAUAUUUCGCUGCUGUUCUUGAUAAGUCCGGCUUGUUGCUUGAAAAGGUAGAGAUGGUUCAAACAGAUCCUCAUCAUCUCGUUAAGGAAGCUUAAUUUUUUGUUCCUUUCCCUUUUCUUUUUUUUUUCUCUCUUUCAUAUAUGCUUAUCCCCUCUUUUAUUAUUUAUAUUUCAUCCCCUAUCAUUUCUAUAAAAUAAAAUAAAAUGAAGUAGUGUCUUUUUAUCUACCAUUUAUCACUAA